AUGACUUGUGUGUCUAAAGAAGAAUAUCUUUCUAUCAUUCAGUCGUUAAUUGUCAGUGUGUCUGGGCUGCUUCCUGAAUCUAUCUGGGACACCGUGUCAGCAUCGAUAAACGAGAGCUGCGAUGAAAUCCGUCAUGAGAUCAUUCAACACUUUGAAGGACAGCCAUGGGUGGGAAUCUAUCAACCAGUGCUUGAAAAGUUUGUCCGUCAUUGUGUGGAUUGGGUCCGCGCAUUUUUCUUCCCUUUACGACAUAGCCAACGUGUGGCAUUAGGCAUUCACGGGGUUUACCUUUUAUUCAUUGACGAUUCUGUGGCGGAUAGCUCUAAACGACGACAUAUGCGUCGAUUCCUUUCCCUCUUUGGAGAUGGCACAAAUCAUCCGGGUGACGAGACACCUGAAGUGCACAUGCUAUUCUCCUUCGUGGAAUUUUCCAGAACAAUGGCUGAAGUCUACGGUCCUUACGUGAAAGCAAGUUUCUAUCGUGGUACAAUUGACUAUAUUCAGUCAGUUGUUGUUGGAGAGCAUCUAGUAUCGAUUGGCUCAAAAACACCUGUCGGUGCGACUAAGUUUCCUUGGAAUCAUCGACGCCGUGACGCUGCUGCUGAAACAUGGACCCAUGUAUUUUUUGUCAGCGAAAAUGAUCUGGGAUAUAUUCCUGAGGCGUCCUAUGUAGAGCACGAUGUUGUGUUCUAUAUGUGUGCAGUAAAUGACGUGUGCAGCUACUGGAAAGAGCAGUCAGGGGACGAGUGGAAUUAUGUAACAGCACAGGCAGAGGCACAGAAUCGUUCAGUGCGUGAUAUGCUUUGGGAUACGGUAAACGAAAUCCGCCUAACAGUAGAGCGUCUUACACGAAUCGACCUCUCUUAUCCAGAGUUACAGCACCGCAUACUUAUGUGCUUGGCAACGCUGUUAGUGAUGAGCGUUUGUGGUUCACGGUAUGGUUUACGUAACAUGUUGCAUGCAGUUGGUGAUGAUCCGCAGCAUGUGCAGAAAAUGUUUGAUUUAUGGUCACGAUAG